AGCUCUUCGCGAUCUCCCGCGACGCGUCGCUUUCGUACGUCGAUAAUCUCAACCGUAUAUAUUCUCGCGCGAGUUUCCGUCUAUUUCGUUUGCUCUUCGACUGCGAGACACCAAUGACUCUGAUCGACUCCGAUCCAAUAUUGUUUUGAGGUUAUGAACGAUAUUUGUACAUAAUCCCGGUUAUGAGAUAGCUCUCCGUGAGAUUCUUCGUUGUGGUAUAAUGAAAACUUGCGCGGCCCCCGGCUGUCCUUCCACUCAGAGCGCGAAGAUAAACGGUAGUCCGAUCACGUUCUUCACCCUCCCGGAGAAUGAUCUGAAAAGGGAUCAGUGGCUUCGCAAUUGUGACUUGACGUCCAGCGGCGAGGAACCCCUGUACCUGUGCGAGCUCCAUUUCGAGAAAGCCCACUUCAAGCCCGCGUCCAAGGAGUUGAAAUCCAACGCUGUUCCCACUUUGUUCGGUAGAACAGGAUCUUCGAAAGAACAAAAGGAGAAUAUAUCACAGACCACGCCAGUGAAAGUACCAUCAAAACGGAAGAAGGUAGAUGAACAUUUGCAUGCUAUAGUGACACCGCCACAGAGUCCGUCUGGUCCAUCUACGCACAAUAACACUGCAGAUAUGGAUUAUGUAAUAGCUGUAAACGGUUCUCCUUCCACAAACGAGAAUUCGGAGAAAACAUACCGCUUAAUCAUACAAAUAGACAAAAUCCGUAGUAAACCAGGCCCGAGGUGUAAAAAGGCGCGACCUCUGGUAACAUUCAAUAACGACACGAAAGACACAGAGGGGGCGAGUGGUAGUCCAAGGAAACUUCGGCCGUUACUUAUGAAAAAGCCCUGUAUUCAGGGUAACUGCAGACUGAGAAAAUGUGUAUAUAAAGGACGACUGGCGUUUCAGUGCGACCUGUGUGAGAAAUACUAUCUUGCAAAGAAACAGGAUGUUCAGACGAAGAGGCACUCCUGCACUAAAUGUUCAAAAAUUUUCCCCGACUCGCAGUCGCUAUACGAACACAUCAAGAAGCACUUUAUAUGUGAUAUAUGUCUGACAGAAUGUAACACUCAAGUGACGUUUGACAAGCAUAUAAGAUUGCACGUUAGUACCGAUCCGCUGUAUCCAUAUAAAUGUCAUCAGUGUCAAAAGAUAUUUGACGUGAAAGAUGGUGUUAAGCAGCAUUGCCUGCUAGAGCAUCCUAAAGGUCUACAGAACACCGUUAUUCAAGUUACUUCUCCUAUAACUACGUUAGUCCCUCAAACUGAGUAUUUUUGUGUGACCUGCAAAACUAAUUUCACAAACGACCAAGCUUACAGGAGUCACGUAAGCUCCAAGCAUGGAAAGAAUGAGAGCGUUACUUGUAACAUUACGAGCGAGGCUAAAAACAUAAUAUCUGUACCGAAUCCUAUAACCGGGAGUCCACUAGGUAUUCUUCAGGCGGUGAAGUUCAGUUGUCGGGUGUGCUCUAAAGAGUUCGACAAUGUUGCGGAAGUUGACUUGCACACGAGGACUCACUUGGAGGUAUCUGGCGAAGAGCUCCGUUGUAAUAUAUGUAAGAAGCUUUUCAAGAGCAGCGCGGCAUACAGCGAACAUUUGAAACAUCACCUGUCGCGCGGUCAUUCCUGUCCAAUUUGCUCGAAAGCCUUUAUCAAUAAGACUACUUUAAACAUACACUUGAAAACGCACCCGGCCGCAGCACAGUAAAUAGUACAGUUUUGUUACAAUACUUUAUCAUGGAUUUUUUUCCGUAAACACUAUUCUUUAAAAGACUCUCACUUUAUCGUGAAUAUUUCUCAUAAACGCUAUUCUUUAAAGGACUCAUUUUAUCGUGAAUUCCCCUAAGCGUUAUUCUUUAAAAGACUCACAUGUGAAAUAUAAUAUUUAAAGAAUUAUUUUCAAUUUGUGUGCGUGACACUUAUAUCGAACUUUGAUACUGUUGCAACGCGUCACUUACGGAAAUUUACACAUUUGAUGUUUGCUCCUUAAUCAUUAAAUAUCCGAAUAGAAUCGUAUUUUUACUUUAUCUGAAUGAGCAAAUUCUUUUUAUUUUUCACACAAUUAUAAAUUUGAAACUUGAAAUUUAAAUUUGUAAUUCAAUUUUAUGACAUUAGAAAGAAAACAUAGAAAGUACAAUUUACUGUAAAUAUUAAAUUUAUGUGUUGAAAGAGAAUCAUGUUAUUAGUUUGUAUUUGCGUAUCGAUUUCUUUGUGACAAAGAGAAUUUUUAUUGAGUGUUACAAAAUAUUGCCUAUUUUAGAAUAUAAUUGCCAUAUAUAAGAAGUUUUUUCAUAGUUUUGUAAUAGAGUUUUGUUUGACGUGCAGUGAGCAAAUUCUUUUUAUCUUUCUGACAAAUUAAAAAUGUAGUUUUAUUUUACGUCACCAGAUAGAUAGUACAUUUUACUGUAAAUAUUAAGUUUAUGCGUUGAACAAAAAUUACACACUUUUUAUUUCCAAUUUCCAAUAGGCGUAUUGAUACUUUUUAAAUGUAUGCAUAUUGUAUACAUUUUACAUAGAAUAAAACCGGAGAGCAUACAUAAUAUGUGUGUGUAUUAUUUAAUAAAUAAAUAAAUGUUGUAUUA